AUGUUUCAUAUUCAAGAACUCAAGAACGAAGUUACAAAACUUCUACCAAACUCUUCAUUCUUAGACUUCCUAGAAGCAACUCCUUCUCCAGCCCCUGAGCAUUCGAAGAUAUGGAAUCGCAUUUUUAACGAUAAUGGAAAAUGGCUAGACUAUGCCGUCACUCAUCACAAUGUCCAACCUAUUCUCCUCUGUAGCAACUUCAAAAAGAGAAAUCCUUACAUAAUUCUCUGUAUAAUGGAUUAUGGCGGCGAUCUUUAUUAUGAUAAAGAGAACUUUAAGAAGAGUUUAAGACCAUACAAGAAGGACAAGAAUACAGGGCUGCUAAAAUUUAAACGGACAUCUAUCAAACAGACAUCUGGUAAACGGACAUCUAGGUGGAGAGGCCUCACACUGCGAGUUUUCGGCAUGUGUUCUGAAGUUGCUUACACGUCUGAUUGGGAAUCACAUCGCCUUAUUUCUCAAAAGACUGAAGACACUUUAGGUCUUCAAUAUUGCUUUUGGACAGACGCAGACAGGAAGAUCCGGACAGUUCAAAGAAACGACAUCCGUGGUAUAGAUGGCACAGUUACAAGAAUAAAGGAUCUCGCCCCAAUAUUUACAGUAAACCUGCCAAUACGUCCUGAUAAAGGACCAAUAGAGAUAGUAUUCCCCUGGGGGAACGUCAAAAACGUUGUAAAGCCUCACCAAAGUAGUGACUCACGCAAUUACUAUGGAGGGAAGCUUGUUGAUUGUUGGACCUUCACAUUCCCACAUUACAAAGAAAACCGAUACAGAAUCAAGGACUGGACUCGUGUUCACGAACAGGAUGCUAUAGUAGAAGGGAGGAGACCCGCAAAAGGAGUGUCGAAUGAGAUCUGA